UUAACAGCCACACCCCUUGCCCACACUCUGUGAGUGUGUGAGGCAAGAAAUGAGUCACAGGAUUUGGCAUAGGCAGGGUUUCCUUUAUGUUCUUUAGGUUGAGCAGGAAAAAGCUUCACCAGCAGCAGACUGCGUGGUAUGGUACCCAGUGUUCCAUACCAUUGAUCGGUGGCCUUUUGACCUGGAAUACACCCAGCAGCCAUGACAACAUCUGGGCCAAGAGCCUGCUUUAUUCUCUUCUUCUUGCAUGUUGUCAUUUUUCUCUCACUGCUGUUCUACAACAGCUUCUUGACCCACCGCGCGCUGCAGAGUCACCCCAACAGUGCUCAUGGAGACAUCAGGAUCCUGGUGUGGCACUGGCCGUUUGGCCGCUCCUACAGUCUGGAUGGGAACAAAUGCCUCAAGAUGUAUAACAUCAGCCGCUGUUUACUCACUGAUGACAGAGCUGACUUCUCUGCUGCCGACGUGGUUGUGUUCCACCACUAUGAGCUGAGCAGAGGUCUUUCAUCUGUGCCCCUACACCUGAAUCGACCUACAUCUCAGCACUGGGUGUGGAUGUCCUUGGAACCUCCUGUCAAUAAUGUGAACCUCACACAGCUCAACGGCCUCUUUAACUGGACGAUGAGCUACAGGCGUGAUGCAGACAUAUCCAUUCCUUAUGGGAAAACAAUGUUGGGAGGUGAUAAUCUAAGUUUUCCAGCUGCUCCAAAUCGCUCCUGCUUUGCCAGCUGGGUGGUCAGCAAAUACAAGCCUCAUCAGACUCGGGCUGCUUUUUAUCAAAGACUAAAGAAGCAUGUCCCCAUAGAGGUGUAUGGCAGGUGGAACAAGAAACCCUUGCCAGACAAGAAGCUUUUGCCCACCAUUUCAAACUGUCUGUUCUACCUUUCUUUUGAGAACUCGGAGAAAAAAGACUACAUCAGUGAGAAACUCUGGAGGAACGCUUUUCAAGCAGGGGCCGUACCAGUGGUUCUCGGCCCCAACAAGGCCACCUACGAAGCCAUGACCCCCCCACAUUCCUUUAUUCAUGUAGCUGAUUUCAAUAGCCCAGCUGAUCUGGCAACGUAUCUCAAGGUUUUGUCUGUAGACAGGCAGGCCUAUGAGAAAUACUUGGAGUGGCACAACACCUACCGAAUUAAAACCUACAGUGACUGGAGAGAAAGGCUGUGUCAGAUCUGUGUCAAGUAUCCCAGUUUACCAGCCAGGAAAGUCUACUACAACCUGGACAGCUGGGUGAACAGCUAGUGUCUAAUUUCUUCACCAAAGGGUUCAGACUGCUGAUUCUGCUGAGUUUCCACAUGCAAAUGUAAAAUGCCAAACACUGGAAGUACAGUGGAAGAGAACUUGCUGCACAGUCAGUCAGUUAAUUGUGGUAAACGGUGAGAAACUGCAAAUUGCGAAAGCAGAUCUCAAGCAGGUGGGUAGGCUGCUAAUAAUCACGUUACACAUGUUCGAACUACAGUGUAUAAAGUGUGCGACUGAACAAGAAGCACAGUUUUUGUUAGUACUGUUUGCUGGUGUGUAGUAUCGUCUCAAAGGACAUGGGCGAUGGCAAAUAUACACUACAGAUAAAUUUCAUUACAUGGUACCAGACUGAAAUAAUAAUUCAGGGCUCCAUGCUGGGCCACUGUGUCUUAUUUAGGGCUGUCACCGUGUCAGAUAUUCUUUGUGCUACUGCUGGACAUUUCUCUGCUGUUUAUCAGAAUAUUGGUGCCCCUUCCUUGGAAGGCACAUUAACAUUUGCUCACUUUGUUCAAUGCCGCUUGUUCAAAUGUUCUUGAUGUUCCUUUUUAAAAAACUAAGUGCACUAGACCUAAAACUGAUCCCUGGUUAAACGAUGUCACUCGGGCCCUCAGAAGGACCUGCAGAAAAGUGGAAAGAAAAUGGAAAAAGGAUAAACUCCAGAUUUCCUUUGAUAUGUUAAGGGAAGCCCUGUUUCUUUAUCAGGAUGCUGAUUGAAAAGCAAAAACUAAGUAUUUAUCAGAUAUCAUCUCUAACCACAGCUACAGGCCAGUGUCUUAAUCAACACCAUUUAUUCUGUUGUCAACCCUCCACCCACCACACAUUUACCAGGGUCUCCAGCCACCUGUGAAAACUUAUUACGGGUGUUUGUUGAUAAGGUUGCUACUAUCAGGUCCAGCCUUUGAUCCCUCUACUCCCCCAUAUUCCUCGCUUGAUCACUUUGAGCCUGUUUUCUCUUCUAAUGGGAACCGUCCCAGUCAAUCUUAAACAUGCCGUAGUGCACCCAUUUCCCAAAAAAACUGAUCUCGAUGCAUCAGUUCUUUCAAAUUUUAGGCCAAUCUCUAAACUUCCCUUCUCGUCCAAAAACCUGGAAAAAUUUACCUUUCUUCAGCUCCAGGUUUUUCUGGAAAUUAAUGAAAUCUGAGAAACAUUUCAGUCUGGUUUUAAAGUGCUACAUAGCACUGAGAUUGUGCUUUUAAAAGUUUUUAAUGAUCUUUUAUUAAUUGCUGACUCUGGUAACUUUGACAUUUAAGUGCGGCAUUUAAUACAGUGGAUCAUGAGAUUCUCUUAUCAAGACUGGAGAGCUGUGUGGGUAUUAAAGGAACUGCACUUGAAUGGUUCAGAUCUUAUUUAACUGAUAGAAGUUUUUCUGUCAGGUUUGGUGGCUCUUCAUCCUCAUGAUGAAGGCUCUAUUUUCAGGAAACAUGGAAUCUCAUUUCACUGUUAAGCCAAUGAUUCUCAGAUUUACUUAAAACAAAUUCUGCAGACUCUCUAAAAGUUUUGCUAGACGGCCUUGAUGACAUUAAAUGAUGGUUUGCAUUAAAUCUUUUGAAUGAGAUUGAACUAUUUGGACCUUCUGACCCUCGCUUUUCUCUUAAGGUUGACCUUGGUCCUCUGGAAAAGUCCAGAACUCCCUUUGCAAAGAAUCUGGGAGUGUUCUUUGAUAGCAGCUUUUCAUUUGAGAAACAAAUAAAUUCUGAACAUUUUGUCAUUUGCUGACUUCGAGAAAGUGAUCCAUGCAUUUUAUUUCAUCAAGGCUUGUUGACUGUAAUAGUCUUUAUUUGUGUAUCAGCUCUGCUCUCUAAUCUUCAGCUAGUUCAGAAUGCUGCAGCCUGACUCUUGACAGGCACUCGUAAACACGACCACAUUUCCCCAGUCUUGGCUCGUUUACAGUCAUUGUACAAUUGAUUUUAAGAUUUUAUUGCUUGUUUUAAAAUCUCUAAAUGGAUUAGCUCUGGCAUACCUCUCUGAUCUUUUAACUAAAAAUACUCCAAACAGAACUCUCAGGUCAGCUGAGAAGUUGCUUCUAGUUGUCCCUGUCAGCAGGCUAAAACACAGAGGAGGCUAGGCCUUUGUGAACGCUGUGCCCAAACUUUGGAUCAGUCUCCCUCUUCAUAUUAGGAUCUCUCCAACACUUGACAUCUUUAAAGCCCGUCUGAAAACACAUUUUUACUCUCUAGCUUUUAACUGUGACUGAGUUUUUUUGUUUUAUUCUUUGUGUGUGUUUGUUCUACUUUUCACUUUUUUACUUUGGUCAACCUGUGUUGUUUUCAAAUGUGCUUAUAAAUAAAUUGAUUGAUUGAUUGUGUGAUUUAAAAGAACUCACCUUAAUGAUAUUAUUGGAUGUCUGCUAUGUAAUAAUAAAAUGAGAGUGCUAUCAGUUAA